CGGACAGAACAACUUGCAGAAAUGAAAGUAGAAACUACAGAGUGACAGCUAUAGUUUUUUGACCUAGAAUGGAACCGUCAUCCUGUGAUACAUUUGUAGCUCUGCCCCCCUCCACUGUGGGACAGCGCAUCAUCUUUGGGAAGAACUCGGACAGGCCCUGUGACGAGGUGCAGGAGGUGGUGUAUGUUCCUGCCAGUGACCAUGCAGAGGGCAGGACAGUGGAGUGCACAUACAUCGAGAUUGAGCAGGUCCCCCACACACAUGCAGUGGUGUUGAGUAAACCAGCCUGGCUAUGGGGAGCAGAGAUGGGAGCAAAUGAACAUGGAGUGUGCAUUGGCAAUGAAGCAGUAUGGGGCCGAGAGAGUGCUGAUGGUGAGGAGGCCCUUCUCGGCAUGGACCUAGUCAGACUAGGACUCGAAAGGGCAGACACAGCAGAGGGAGCAGUGGAUGUGAUCACUGAGCUUCUGCAGAAAUAUGGUCAGGGGGGAUCCUGUAUGGAAGAUGAGAGUGGCUUCACCUACCACAACAGCUUCCUCAUCUCUGACAGGAAGGAGGCCUGGCUGCUGGAGACAUCUGCCAAGUACUGGGCAGCAGAGAGAGUAGAGAGUGGAUAUCGCAAUAUAUCCAAUCAGUAUGGCAUCACUACGAAGAUUGACAGAGAGCAUCCUGAGAUGAGGGAUUACGCUCGCAGCAAAGGCUGGUGGGAUGGAAAGAGUCAGUUUAAUUUUGCCACAGUCUACUCCUACCUGACAACAGCCAGAAUCGAAGCUUCUGGGAGUCGCUACUGUGAGGGGAAGAUGCUACUGGAAAAAAGCAAUGGUUCUAUUACUGCAGAAACAAUGAUGGCUAUCUUGAGAGAUAAAGAAAGUGGCAUCAACAUGGAGGGAAUGUUCAUGUCAACAGGAAGCAUGGUUUCUGUGGUUCCUAUUGAUCAAAGUCUGCCAGCCGUGCAUUACUUUACUGCAACCCCAGAUCCAGCACGGUCUGUAUUCAAACCUUUCAUUUUUAUGGAAGGCAUGGAGCAGAUUAAGGAGACAUGUUCUCCUACCUAUGGUGCAGAUGAUCCAGUGAAGAAGAAGCCUCGUUUCCAAAGCAAACCCGAUCGCAAACACAAGUUAUUUGUCAAGCAUGAACUCGUAUCUGCCAUUAUUGAGUCCCACAAGGACAGAGGACAGAAGAUCACAGAGAGGAUGAGGGGCCUUGAAAAAAACAAGAUUGAUCAGAUGGACAAGAUUGUUUCAGAGGGUAUUACGGAGCCAGAUUACUUGGUCAACUUGUUUUCAAACUGUGUUCAAGAGGAGAUGGCUAUUUAUGAGAAAAGCUAA